ACCCCACCCGGCCCAGCCUGGCCAGAGCUCCCUGGAGAAGGAGUCCUCUCGCCUGGCAGCUGGACCAAGGGAGCCAGCCUGAGGCACCAGCGGGAGGAUUUCUUCCAUGGUCUAGUCCUCCGUGACCUUGGUCAGGCCUUGCCUGCAGCAUGAGGUGAUUGCAGGAAGCGAUCCUCAGAAUCGUCGGGGUCUUUCCAGCUGCAAACUUUCCCCAGCAGCCUCCAAAAUCACCACUUUGGGAUUGACAAGCUGAGGAGGCUGGGUGGGAAGAAGACAAAGGUCUGGAGGUGAAAUUCCCGUGGAGACCCUUGUAGGGGCAAGAACCGAGAGGCAGCAGAGUGGCUGGGCCUGGGGGCCUUGGUGAGCCUGGCCGAGGAGCUGGACGCUACCCUGCCCGUCCUGACCAUGGUCCCUGCCUGGCUGUGGCUGCUCUGCCUCUCUGUCCCCCAGACUCUCCUGGAGGCCCAGCCUGCAGAGCUGCAUGUGGAAGUCCCAGAAAACUAUGGUGGAAACUUCCCUUUGUACCUGACCAAGCUGCCGUUGCCCCGUAAGAAGGCUGGAGGCCAGAUUGUGCUGUCAGGAAACUCAGACAUGGCAGCUGAGGGGCCCUUUGCUGUGGAUUCAGAGUCUGACUUCUUGCUGGUGACCAGGACCCUGGACCGAGAGGAACAGGCAGAGUACCGGCUACAGGUCACCCUGGAGACUGAGGAUGGACGUGUCUUGUGGGGCCCACAACCUGUGCUUGUGCAUGUGAAGGAUGAGAACGACCAGGUGCCCCGUUUCUCCCAGGCCGUCUACAGAGUUCGGCUGAGCCGGGGCACCAGGCCUGGCAUCCCCUUCCUCUUCCUUGUGGCUUCGGAUGGAGAUGAGCCGGGCACAGCCAACUCUGACCUUCGAUUCCACAUCCUGAACCAGGCCCCAGCCCAGCCUUCCUCAGACAUGUUCCAGCUGGAGCCUCGGCUGGGGGCCCUGGCCCUCAGCCCCAAGGGAAGCACCAGCCUAGACCAGGCCCUGGAAGGGCCCUACAAGCUGUUGGUACAGGUCAAGGACAUGGGUGACCAGGCCUCAGGCCACCAGGCCACAGCCACCAUAGAUGUCUCCAUAGUAGAGAGCACCUGGGUGCCCCUAGAUCCUGUCCACCUGGCAGAGAAUCUCAAAGUUCUGUACCCACACCACAUUGCCCAGGUACACUGGAGUGGCAGGGAAGUACAUUAUCACCUGGAGAGCCAGCCCCAUGGACUUUUUGAUGUGGACGCAGAGGGGAAACUCUACGUGACCAGGGAGCUGGACCGAGAAGCCCAGGCUGAGUAUCUGCUCCAGGUGCGGGCUCAGAAUACCCGAGGCGAAGACUACACAGAACCUCUGGAACUGCAUGUGGUGGUGAUGGAUGAGAAUGACAAUGUGCCCAUCUGCCCCCCACGUGGCCCCACAAUCAGCAUCGCUGAGCUCAGCCCGCCAGGCACCAAGGUGACCAGACUGUUGGCAGAGGACAUGGAUGCCCCUGGUUCCCCCAAUUCCCACAUUGUGUAUCGGCUGCUGAGCUCUGAGCUUGAGGAGGGGACAGAAGGGAGAGCCUUUGAGCUGGAUCCCACCUCAGGCAAUGUGACACUGGGGGCUGCCCCCCUCCAAGCCGGCCAGAACAUCCUGCUUCAGGUGCUGGCCAUUGACCUAGGAGGAGCAGAGGGCGGCCUCAGCAGCACAUGUGAGGUCUCUGUCACGAUCACGGACAUCAAUGACCAUGCGCCGGAGUUCACCACCUCCCAGGUAAGCAGGAGCAGGGGAAGAGACCUUGGGAAGGCACUGAGGGGAGCUCACAGCCCCUCCCCAUCUCUCCAGAUUGAGCCUGUAUACCUCCCUGAGGACACAGAGUCCGGGACUCUGGUGGCCACACUCAUGGCCACUGAUGCCGACCUUGAGCCUGCCUUCCGCCUCAUGGACUUUGCCAUCGAGGCAGGGGAUGAGGAGGGGACCUUUGGCCUGGUUUGGGAGCCUGGCUCCAAUCAUGUCCAACUGCGACUCCUCAAGAACCUCAGCUAUGAGGCAGCUCCAAGUUACCAGUUGGUUGUGGUGGUGCGGAGUGUGGCAGAAGUGGUCGGGCCGGGCCCAGGCCCUGGAGCCACAGCCACCGUGACUGUGCUGGUGGAGAGGGUGGUGCCACCCCCCAAGUUGGACCAGGAGAGCUACGAGGCCAGCAUCCCAGUCAGCACCCCAGCCGGCUCCCUCCUGCUGAUCAUCCAGCCCUCAGACCCCAUGAGCAAUCCCCUCAGGUUCUCCCUGGUCAAUGACUCAGAGGGCUUGCUCUGCAUCGAGGAGGUCUCUGGGGAGGUGCACACAGCCCGGCCCCUGCGGGGCACCCGGCCUGGGGAUGUGUACACGGUGCUUGUGGAGGCCCAGUAUGCAGAUGAGCCGGCACUGAGAACCUCUGCAACCCUCGUGAUCCACUUCCUGAAGGCCCCUUCUGCCCCAGCCCCAACUCUGGCCCCCGUGCCCUCCCGACACCUCUGCACACCCCGCCAGGACCAUGGUGUGAUUGUCAGUGGACCCAGUGAAGACCCUGACCUGGCUGGUGGGCAUGGUCCCUACAGCUUUGCCCUUGGUCCCAACCCCACGGUGCAGCGGGAUUGGCGCCUCCAGCCUCUCAAUGGUUCCCACGCCUAUCUCACCCUGGCCCUGCAUUGGGUGGAGCCACGUGAACACGUAGUCCCUGUAGUUGUCAGCCACAGUGCACGGAUGUGGCAGCUCCUGGUCCGAGUGAUUGUGUGUCGCUGCAACUUGGAGGGGCAGUGCAUGCGCAAGGUGGGCCGCAUGAAGGGCAUGCCCACGAAGCUAUCGGCAGUGGGCAUCCUCGUGGGCACCUUGGUAGCAAUAGGCAUCUUCCUCAUCCUCAUCUUCACCCACUUGACCCUGGCAAGGAAGAAGGAUCUAGAUCAGCCAGUGGAUAGUGUACCCCUGAAGGCAGCAGUUUGAAUGGUCCAGGAAGCCCCAGCUGGGAGCUUGGCCUCUGGUUCCAACUGAAUUCAGUGGGAGAGGGCCCAGCACUGCAGAUCCUCAGCGGCCAGCACAGAAUAGAAGCCCCUUCACCUUCCUGGACUGGAGGCGACAUCACCAGACAUGUCUGCAGAGCUUGAACACCGACUUUAUGCGCUGCCCAUGGGAAUGCUCCAAAUGGUGGCAUGUUUGUCCAAUAAUAAAGCCUGAGAGAGCUGGGCAUGGGA